GUAUAGAUAUUUACAGAAAAUUUAUUAAGAAAUCUUGACGAAUAUUGUGCAAUAGUGUUCAUGAAUUGGAUAUCCUGUGAAAUUAGUCUUAAAUAUUACAACCAGGUGUAGUUUUCAGCGGACGUUUCACUCAAGGAAAACCACGAAACUGUAAAAAAAAUGCCUGCGUAUCAUUCAACGUUAACGGAGUACACUCAGUCGAUCGGGAACCUGGCGCUGGUGCCGCUGCGCACGGCCAACCGGGGACCCGCCCCGAAUAACACCAAAUUGGAACUAGACAUUAUUGAUGAAGCACUUAAUUAUUUUAAGGCUAAUGUGUUUUUUAGGUUCUAUGAAAUUAAGUCUGAUGCAGAUAGAGUGCUCAUCUACCUUACUCUGUACAUCUCCGAGUGCCUGAAGCGGCUCCAGAAGUGCUCCAACAAGAACCAGGGCCAGCAGGAGAUGUACAUGCUGGCCAUAUCCAAGUUUGACAUCCCUGGGGAGGCAGGGUUCCCGCUCAACUCUGUGUACGCCAAGCCCUCUAGUCCUCAAGAAGCUGAUUUGAUGAGACAGUAUUUACAGCAACUGAGACAUGAGACUGGUGCUAGAGUCUGUGAAAAGGUGUUUGCCACAGAGGACGGAAAGCCCAGCAAAUGGUGGCUCUGCUUUGCCAAGAGGAAAUUCAUGGACAAGUCCCUCUCAGGACCCGGCCAGUAAAACAGGACAAAACAUUUAUGUACUCACUUUGUGUUUAUAUUAUAAAUUAUAAGCAUUUAAUUU